UCGCUCAGGAAGUGUUUCAGCCAAUCCCGGCCGGCCUUACACUCCGAUUUGCCGGAGCAGCCAAUCGGGGAUGAGCUUUUAUUAGGCGGCCAGAUCAUCAAGCCGAAGUGCCAAACCCUUUUUCUGUGAGAACUAGGAGCCUGUCCUCCAUGUUUUAUAAGUAUUGACAUUACACAGUGUUAACAAUGCAUCCACAGAGCUUGGCCGAAGAGGAAAUAAAAACUGAACAGGAGGUGGUAGAGGGCAUGGAUAUCUCUACUCGCUCCAAAGAUCCUGGCUCCACAGAGAGAACAGCCCAGAAAAGAAAGUUCCCCAGCCCUCCGCAUUCUUCCAAUGGCCACUCGCCACAGGACACAUCCACAAGCCCCAUUAAAAAGAAAAAGAAACCCGGCUUACUGAACAAUAACAAUAAGGAGCAGUCAGAACUAAGACAUGGUCCGUUUUACUAUAUGAAGCAGCCACUCACCACAGACCCUGUUGAUGUUGUACCGCAGGAUGGACGGAAUGAUUUCUACUGCUGGGUUUGUCACCGGGAAGGCCAAGUCCUUUGCUGUGAGCUCUGUCCCCGGGUUUAUCACGCUAAGUGUCUGAGACUGACAUCGGAACCAGAGGGGGACUGGUUUUGUCCUGAAUGUGAGAAGAUUACGGUAGCAGAAUGCAUCGAGACUCAGAGUAAGGCCAUGACAAUGCUCACCAUCGAACAAUUAUCCUACCUGCUCAAGUUUGCCAUUCAGAAAAUGAAACAGCCAGGGACAGAUGCAUUCCAGAAGCCUGUUCCAUUGGAACAGCAUCCUGACUAUGCGGAAUACAUCUUCCAUCCUAUGGACCUUUGUACAUUGGAAAAGAAUGCUAAAAAGAAAAUGUAUGGAUGCACAGAAGCUUUCCUGGCCGAUGCAAAGUGGAUUUUGCACAACUGCAUCAUUUAUAAUGGAGGAAAUCACAAAUUGACGCAGAUAGCAAAAGUAGUCAUCAAAAUCUGUGAGCAUGAGAUGAAUGAAAUUGAAGUAUGUCCAGAGUGUUACCUAGCUGCUUGCCAAAAACGAGAUAACUGGUUUUGUGAGCCUUGUAGCAAUCCACAUCCUUUGGUCUGGGCAAAACUGAAGGGGUUUCCAUUCUGGCCUGCAAAAGCUCUGCGGGAUAAAGAUGGGCAGGUUGAUGCUCGUUUCUUUGGACAACAUGACAGGGCCUGGGUUCCAAUAAAUAAUUGCUACCUCAUGUCUAAAGAAAUUCCUUUUUCUGUGAAAAAGACAAAAAGCAUCUUCAACAGUGCAAUGCAGGAGAUGGAAGUGUACGUGGAGAACAUCCGCAGGAAGUUUGGGGUUUUUAAUUAUUCUCCCUUCAGGACACCCUACACGCCUAACAGCCAGUACCAAAUGCUGCUCGACCCCAGCAACCCCAGUGCCGGUGCUGCCAAGAUAGACAAGCAGGAGAAGGUCAAGCUCAACUUUGACAUGACGGCAUCCCCCAAGAUCCUGAUGAGCAAGCCCAUGCUGAGUGGGGGCGCAGGCCGCAGGAUCUCCUUGUCCGAUAUGCCCCGCUCCCCCAUGAGUACAAACUCUUCUGUGCACACGGGUUCCGACGUGGAGCAGGAUGCUGAGAAGAAGGCCACCUCGAGCCACUUCAGUGCCAGUGAGGAGUCCAUGGAUUUCCUGGACAAGAGCACAGCUUCACCAGCCUCUGCAAAGACGGGACAAGCAGGGAGUUUAUCCGGCAGCCCGAAAACUUUCUCUCCUCAAGCGUCAACACCCAUCACGACGAAAACAGACAAAACGUCCACCACUGGAAGCAUCCUGAAUCUUAACUUGGAUCGGAGCAAGGCCGAGAUGGACCUGAAGGAGCUGAGCGAGUCGGUCCAGCAGCAGACGGCGCCUGUUCCUCUCAUCUCACCUAAGCGGCAGAUCCGCAGCAGGUUCCAGCUAAAUCUCGACAAGACCAUAGAGAGUUGCAAAGCACAAUUAGGCAUAAACGAAAUCUCAGAAGAUGUUUACACGGCCGUAGAGCACAGUGAUUCGGAAGAUUCCGAGAAGUCUGAUAGUAGCGAUAGUGAGUAUAUCAGUGACGAUGAGCAGAAGUCCAAGAAUGAGCCAGAAGACGCAGAAGACAAAGAGGGUAGUCGGAUGGACAAAGAGCCAUCGGCUGUCAAAAAAAAGCCCAAACUGGCCAACCCUGUGGAGACUAAGGAGGAGCUGAAAAGCACAUCACCAGCCAGCGAGAAAGCUGAUCCGGGCUCGGUCAAGGAAAAGGCAAGCCCCCAGCCUGAGAAGGACUUUUCAGAAAAAGCGAAAGCCUCCCCUCAUCCCACAAAGGAUAAACUGAAGGGGAAAGAUGAGACCGAUUCCCCAACAGUACAUUUGGGCCUGGACUCUGAUUCAGAAAGUGAACUUGUCAUAGAUUUAGGAGAAGACCAUUCUGGGCGGGAGGGUCGUAAAAAUAAGAAGGAACCCAAAGAAACAUCUCCCAAGCAGGAUGUUGUAGGUAAAGCUCCGCCAUCCACCACAGCGGGCAGCCAGUCCCCGCCUGAAACUCCGCUCCUCACCCGCUCCUCCUCCCAAACUUCCACGGCCGGUGUCUCGGCCACCACCAGCACCACGUCCACCGUCACGGCCCCGGCCGCCGCCGCCACCGCUGCCGCCGCCGCCGCCACCACCACGGGAAGCCCGGUGAAAAAGCAGAGGCCGCUUUUACCGAAGGAGACUGCCCCGGCCGUGCAGCGGGUCGUGUGGAACUCGUCAAGUAAGUUUCAAACGUCUUCCCAAAAGUGGCACAUGCAGAAGAUACAGCGCCAGCAGCAGAACCAGCAGCAGAACCAGCAGCCUCAGUCUUCCCAGGGGACGAGAUAUCAGACCAGACAGGCUGUGAAAGCUGUGCAGCAGAAGGAGAUCACGCAGAGCCCAUCCACCUCCACCAUCACCCUGGUGACCAGCACUCAGUCAUCGCCCCUGGUCACCAGCUCAGGGUCCACGAGCACCCUUGCAUCCUCAGUCAGCGCAGACCUGCCCAUCGCCACCGCUUCCGCUGACGUCGCUGCGGACAUUGCCAAGUACACUAGCAAAAUGAUGGAUGCAAUAAAAGGAACGAUGACAGAGAUCUACAACGAUCUUUCUAAAAACACUACGGGAAGCACAAUAGCCGAGAUUCGCAGGCUGAGGAUCGAGAUCGACAAGCUGCAGUGGCUGCACCAGCAGGAGCUCUCUGAAAUGAAACACAACCUGGAGCUGACCAUGGCGGAGAUGCGGCAGAGCCUGGAGCAGGAGCGGGACCGGCUCAUUGCCGAGGUGAAGAAGCAGCUGGAGCUGGAGAAGCAGCAGGCGGUGGACGAGACCAAGAAGAAGCAGUGGUGUGCCAACUGCAAGAAGGAGGCCAUUUUCUACUGCUGUUGGAACACCAGCUAUUGUGACUACCCCUGCCAGCAGGCCCACUGGCCCGAGCACAUGAAGUCCUGUACCCAGUCAGCUACGGCUCCUCAGCAGGAAGCGGAUGCCGAGGUGAGCACAGAAACACUAAACAAGUCAUCACAGGGGGGCUCUUCCAGCACACAGGCAGCCCCUCCGGAAACAGCCAGCACCUCGAAAGACAAGGAGACCUCGGCGGAGAAAAACAAGGACAGCGGGUCGACCCUCGACCUUUCUGGCUCCAGGGAGACGCCCUCCUCCAUUCUCUUAGGCUCCAACCAAGGCUCUGACCACUCCCGGAGCAGUAAGUCUAGUUGCUGGAGCAGCAGUGACGAGAAGCGAGGACCCGCACGCUCCGAGCACAACGCCAGUUCCAGUUCGAAGAGUCUCCUCCCGAAAGAGUCUCGGCUGGACACCUUCUGGGACUAGGGACAAGUCACGACACAAGCCACCCACGCCGUGGAGGAAAAAAAAACCAGACACCAGGGCAAUAGGAAGCAGCAAAGAAACGUGAGACUGGAGAGCGCCAGGCACGCAGACUUGGCCUUUGCCCUUGGCACAGAGGGCAGCCUACACUACAUAGCGGCCCGCAUUGGCAUCGACUGAGGACUGUUGGACCCACACGAAACCUAUGCUUUAGGUGUAAAUGAUGUACAAUUUGUGGAUGUCCUUGAACCUAGAGUACCUUCCCCUUUUUAUAUUUGUAUUGACUUUAACUUAUAAAAAAAAAAAAAAAAAAAAAAAAGAAAAA